CAUUAAUUAAUUAAUGGUGUAAAAAAAAGUGUUUCUUGAUUCAACAACCGAAGGAAAAGGUUUCCUUGUUUAGCACGUCUUUUUUGGGGCUAUCAAAAUGUAAACUCUAUAUAUACUUAGGUUUCUCCACCAAUAUAUUUUCCUUCUUCUUCUUUUUCCCUUCAUUUCUCUCUCUCUCUUUAUUUUCCGUUACAUUUUUUUCCUCAUAUUUUCUUAGGGUUUUCUCUUUUAAUUUUCUCUCCAUUUGUUGCCGUUUCUUUUCAAAGGCACUUGAUAAUUGGAUUUUCAAGAUUGGUUCUUUCGAAUUUCAAGGGCUGUGAUAUAAUUAACAGGUAGGAAGGCACGUUAGACUGAAUUAAAUAGUGAGCCAAAAAUGUUCUGCUUCGUGGUGUAAAUGCAGUGUGGUUCAGGAGAUGAGAUUGCAGGAAGCCCAUACCUAAUGGAAUCUAUUCCCAGCAGUAGUGAUAAGAAAACUUUGAAGAGGUGGUUUUUCAUUGACAAAAGGGUUGGUUAAAGAUUCGGUACUAUUCUUAUACAUCCACUACUAUAAAGCCAAAUCAAUAUUGUUUCAAUGGACUUGGACUCGACAAAAGCCUCUCCAGUUCUUACUGAUCCUUCACCGUUGAACAAGUCCAGAUUGGGAAUCCAUUCUAGUUUAUUUCCCUAUUCGCAAUCUGGCCCUUCAUUCUCCACUAGUGUGCUAACAAUUCCCAGAAAGAAGCCACCGAAGCUUGAUGAUGUUCGAUCCAAUGGUUGGCUCGAUGCCAUGAAGUCUUCUUCACCUCCUAGGAAGAGGAUUCUGAAGGAAGUAAACAUUGAUAUUUCUUCAGAUGAUGCUGAUGUUACUUACCUUUCUUGGCUGAUCAACUAUCCAUCAGCUCUCAACUGCUUUCAGCAAAUUAUGAGGCAAGCAAGGAAUAAACAGAUAGUGAUAUUCUUAGAUUAUGACGGGACUCUCUCUCCUAUUGUUGAUGACCCUGACCGUGCUUUUAUGUCCAAUGAGAUGCGCUCUGCUGUCAGGAAUGUUGCAAAGUAUUUCCCAACAGCAAUCAUCAGUGGGAGAAGCCGUGAUAAGGUUUAUGAGUUGGUAGGUCUAACUGAACUCUGUUAUGCCGGUAGCCAUGGUAUGGACAUCAUGCUGCCAGUCAAAAAUACAUUAUCUACUAACGAUCCAAAUUGUAUCAAAACUACUGACCAGCAGGGCAAGGAAGUUAAUCUGUUCCAGCCUGCUCGUAAAUUUCUACCAAUGAUUGAUGAGGUUUUCAGAACCCUUGUCGAGAAAACUAAGGACAUUAAGGGUGCAAAAGUUGAGAACCAUAAGUUUUGUGCCUCUGUACAUUAUCGUAAUGUAGAUGAGAAUAAUUGGCCUGUGAUUGCACAGUAUGUCCAUGAUGUCUUAAAAGACUACCCUCGGCUUCGGCUAACUCAUGGGCGGAAGGUUUUAGAGGUCCGCCCUGAAAUUGACUGGGACAAAGGGAAAGCAGUUGAAUUUCUGCUGGAAUCAUUAGGUUUUAGCAACCCCAAAGACGUGCUCCCGAUAUAUAUUGGAGAUGAUAGAACAGAUGAAGAUGCAUUCAAGGUGUUGAGGGGGAAAUACAAAGGUCAUGGAAUUCUUGUUUCAACUAUCCCAAAAGAUAGCAAUGCUUUCUUCUCUCUCAGGGACACUUCACAGGUCAAAAAAUUCCUGGAAUCUCUCGCAAGCACGAUGGAAGACAAAGAUAUAUAAGAAGCAUGAGAGGAGCUAAAGGGAAAUAGUGUUAGAUUGAAGAAAAUGCUAUAGUAUUAGGUGUCUACAGUUUUCCAAUGAAUAAGCCAAAGUCAUUUCUAAAUCUUUGUUUAUUGUUUUAUGAAGGUUAAAAUUUUGCAAACUUCCAUUAUUUCCUUGCUUUGGUUUUAUAUUCUUUAGUUUAUAUCCUAUUUUGGAAAUGGAAGGUCUUCAAAGGAGGACCUUUCUCUUUUGAGUUGGUAGUAGUACCUAGAUGUUAACUUUCGAUUGCUACUUUGUUUAUUUCACCAUUAUUCUUACAAAUAUGUAUUUCUCAUGAA